AGGCCUGUUGGUCCACGGUCGCCCAAAUCAUUUUGGCCAAUCAGAACACUGAUCUUGAAUCAGGGGAGAGGAUAGGCUAUAGUGAAGAACAUGUCUGGUGCAGCAGCGAUGUUCGUGUUCUUAUUGCCGGGGAUUCCAAUGUCCAUCGUUUGAAGUCUGCAUGUCCUCCAAAUGCAAGGAUUGACUUUCUGCCCGUAUCUGGUGCAAAGUAUGUGUCUGACCGGAAGGGCUUUAGAAAGCUGCUGCAUCAAGAGCUGAUGUCAGGUUGUUACGACAUAUUGUACCUGCAUCUUGGCUCUAACGAUGUUUGCUGCAAGGAUAGCAAUUUCUACCGUUGUGUGACUGAGAUCCUUGAUGUUGUAUUCAGUGUGUGCACUGAAAUACACGUGGUGCUUUGCGUGAUUCUUCCACGUGAUUUUGAUGUGAGAAUGUUUCCCCGAUGGCCACUCUCAGGGGCACAGUUGAGGAACUACUGCCAGUGGAUAAGGAGCGCAAACAGCAUGCUGUGGGAACUGAGUCACCAUGUGCCUUCUGUGAGAUACAUGGACUAUGCAGCAACUAAACAGAAGUCCCUGUACUUGUCCCAUGAUGGACUACAUCUGAGUGCUGAAGGGGCUAGGAGGUGUUUAGCAUCCAUACAUGACGACCUGCCAAACCAGCUGUGUGUGGAGGCUGCUGUUCAAGAUCCUACAGAAUGGCCAGCUCUCUCAGCCACGGAAGUACCGGUUCAGGAACAUGACAGCACCAUAGCACUCUUUUCGGAUAUUGUGCAGACUGGCAACAAGGAUUUCAUGGAAAACAAUUCUUGGAGCAACAUUGAAGGAGCUUCAUGCCAGGAAUAUUCCUGCCAGUUUCAUCAAGCUUUGUCCAAAGGUGUGCCAGCUGGGGGCUCCUGGAUCACCUUGAUCGUUUUCACUACAUGCUCACUCUCAGUGAAGUGGCGCUCCAGGUUUGCGUCCGUCAGGAUGGCCGCACUCUCCUCUACCCUCCGAACAACCUCGCGACGGCUCUUAUCCAGGCAGGUUGAGGUCAGGAAGCCUGUGAGAAGGAGAUCGGCCGAAAAAAAAAUAAAGCUAAACAAGCAAAUUUGUUAAAUUGAUAUCCCCCGCCAAUAUGCUUCUGGACACAAAAGUGUUAUAUUUGACACUCAAAAAAGCAUUUUUUCAAGAUACAAAGGGCCAAAACCCCGUAAUUAACAGACUGUGUACAAUGCCAUUUGGCGUGCAUCGUCCUCUUAUCCAUAUAUAUACUCAUACCAAGUUUCAAUGAAAUCGGCCAAAGCACUUUCAAGAUAUGGCUCUCGACACAAAAGUGCUGGACGGACGGAAAGAUGGACGGAAGAACAGACAGAAAGACGCCAACGCCAAAACAUUAAUAAGUAGAUGUCCAAGAAGAAUGAAUAAUUUACAUAAAUCAAAUCCUAAGUUUACGCUUACAUUGUUCAAUGUGCGGGCGUCCGCUAGACCAUUCCCUCGCACCACUUCAGGAAGUUCUUGAUUGCCGUUAGUGCAUUCCGCACCGUCUUCAGCUGGUGAGUGGUGUUGAGGAACUGUCGUGGACCUCCAUAUGGCCCAUCCACAACAGCAUGUCACUCAACACCACUCCUUCCAAGUAGCCAGACAGGGCCAGGAACCGGUUAAUCUUCAUGUUGACCUCUUGUGUUUUCGACUCGUUUGCCAACCCACCUGGCCUGCUCCGCAGGAACAUGUAGUCUACAUAUGAGUCAACGAUUGAAACUGCAACAACUUCUCCGACCAUGCAUCACCCUUGCAUUGGGUUCCAGGCUCAGGCAGUAUUUCGGCAUUAGGAAUGAAAAGUCCUCUUCCUCCUCCUCCUCAUCCUCCACCUUCUCAUCCUCCUAUGCCGAGUCAUCAUGAGUGGCGAGUCUGCUGGUCACCUUUCCUGAAGUUUUCGCGUCCUGUAAAUGACGUUUAAAUGUAAAAGUUACAAAUCGUUUGGUAUGGUUUUGUAUUAGACAUUGAUAGAAAUAUGAGAAAUUAAAUACAAAAACCACACGAACACAAUUUAACACUUACUUUCCGGAAACGGCCCUCUUGUGUAAACAAAAUUGAAUGUCCCAGCCUCCAUUUUGUGCUCCUGUUCUAGAUGACGCAGCCGGUCAAUCACCGACCGGUCGCACAGCCAGCAAGAGUAGUAAUUCCUCGGCUUUGUCUUCUUCACUUUCCGACCGGUCUUAGCACGUGCCUCUGACAUCAACGGCUUCAUGGGGUCUGCCGUCAGCGCUUGCACCCAGCGAACGUGGUCUGUUACCCGGAGGUACACAGUCGUGUUGCCUUUUACCACGCAAAUGGGGCAUCGCCUUGGGAUAGGCUUUGCGUUUGGUGUCUGAAAUAUUAGUUUGAAAUGUGUACGAAGCAGGUGGCUAUCAAUAUAUAUGAUUCAUUAAGAGAUGAUGAGAUAACGGACCCAGUUAAUUGAUUGAAAUAAUGAUUAUGUGAUUGAAGCUGUUAUGCUAGGGUAAAAUACCAAGGAAUGUGUAUAGAUAUUGUUAACUUUUUUUUAAUGGUGUUAAAAAUGAAUAUUUUAUUGCAAUAUUUGCACAUGCUUUGUUUUAUUUUACAAAGUAAUCACUAUUAACCUUAAGUUUAUUCUCAUGAAAAAAAACAUACCAUUAAAUAGCAAUACUGAUUACUUUAUCUAUUUGAGUGACAUUAAGAGUGACCAUGUACAUGUAUAUAUCAAUCUAUACUGUCUAACCCCCCUUGCAGAUAUUAUUGACAGGUAAAUAUAAUAUUAUAUACCGUCUUAUAACGAUUCAAGACUUGGCCAAAAUAAGGCCCCAUUCCCUCAACAAAAAAGUAUUAAUUUUUCCCCAGAUAAAAAUUCACCCGACACUCAAGCAAAUUAAUUGCCCUAGACCCAGAAUUGUCAAGUUUAAAAUGUUUAAAACUAAAUAGAAUUGUUAUGUAUUUAAUUUGGCGGUGAUUAAAAAAACAUAUUAUAUUGUU